AUGGGUAGGGUCAUUCGCAACCAACGUAAGGGUCGCGGCUCUAUCUUCACGGCCAACACCCGCCUGAACAAGAACCCCGCCCAGUUCCGCACGCUCGACUUCGCUGAGCGCAAUGGAUACAUUCGGGGUGUCGUAAAGGAGAUCGUCCACGACUCCGGCCGUGGCGCUCCUCUCGCCAGGGUCAGCUUCCGCAACCCGUACAAGUUCAAGCACAACACCGAGACCUUCAUUGCCAACGAGGGCAUGUACACUGGCCAGUUCAUCUACGCCGGAAAGAACGCUGCGCUCACCAUCGGCAACGUCCUUCCCCUCGCUUCCGUCCCCGAAGGUACCGUUCUCACCAACGUCGAAGACAAGAACGGUGACCGUGGUGCGCUCGGCCGUACCUCCGGUAACUACGUUACCGUCAUCGGCCACAACCCCGAUGAGGGCAAGACCCGUGUCAAGCUCCCAUCUGGUGCCAAGAAGGUCCUCCCCAGCUCAUGCCGUGGUAUGGUUGGUAUCGUCGCUGGUGGUGGCCGCACAGACAAGCCUCUCAUGAAGGCGUCGCGUGCUAAGCACAAGUUCGCUGCCAAGCGCAACAGCUGGCCCAGGACUCGUGGUGUUGCCAUGAACCCCGUCGACCAUCCUCACGGUGGUGGUAACCACCAGCAUAUCGGUAAAGCCUCGACCAUCUCCCGGUACGCUACCCAGGGUCAAAAGGCCGGUCUCAUCGCCGCGCGGAGGACAGGUCUGCUCCGUGGUACCCAGAAGACAAAGGACUAG